UUAGGACUAAUAUGAGAAGGGAGAUAAAAAUGUCGUCACUGGAACACAACUGAGCCAGGACUGGCCUCGUAGUGGCCGCGUUACCUUCAUAUAUUUCACUAAAAUGGCUGCAGGAUUACCUCGGAGAAUAAUUAAGGAAACUCAACGGCUGAUGGCCGAACCUGUUCCAGGAAUCUCAGCAGUUCCAGAUGAAACAAAUGCUCGAUACUUCCAUGUAGUAGUAGCAGGUCCAGAAGGGUCACCGUUUGAGGGUGGAGUGUUUAAAUUAGAGUUGUUCCUUCCUGAAGAGUAUCCAAUGAGUGCCCCUAAAGUCAGGUUUAUGACAAAAAUUUAUCAUCCCAACAUUGAUAAAUUAGGAAGAAUUUGUCUAGAUAUCCUUAAAGACAAGUGGAGUCCAGCAUUGCAGAUUCGAACAGUGUUGCUGUCAAUUCAAGCUCUUCUCUCGGCACCAAACCCAGAUGAUCCACUAGCUAAUGAUGUUGCUGAACUCUGGAAGGUGAAUGAAUCGGAGGCAAUUCGUAUUGCACGGGAAUGGACGCGCACGUAUGCCAUGGGCAACUAGUGCUUGCCUUUAUAUAUUAAUUUUUUAUUGAAAGGAUAUCAUUUCUCAGGAUCAACAGCACAUUAUGUUGACAAGAGUGUGCAGCGUCCUUAGUCAAAACCAAGGUACCAACACCAGCAAGAGCCGCCAAAACACGGAGAUUGCCAUCCACUACCAAUAAGGGUUAGCUGCUAUUUACAGUCCUUACUGAUAAGUAUUAAAUAUGGCUGUCUUAUACUCCAGUUGUUGGCCAGCAGACUUAUGGAGUAGUGUGUGAGCUUGGUGGCCAUGCAGUUUAUCACUGUGUAGCGAGUGUUGGCUUGCUGGCAACUAAGAAUUUUAUCCCUUAAGAUAAAACAAAUUUGUUUUGGGCCACGAUUCAUAUAUAUAUAUAUAUUUUUUUUUUUUUCUUUUUUUGUACAUUUGUUCUAGUCUCUUGUUAUUUGGAUGUCUUGAAGUUGAAGAUUCAAGCUAAAUCAUCUGACUCUUCAAAUUAUCACGAAGAAUUCCAAUAAACAUGAGUUUUGCGUGAAUUUCAAGUAAUCAUUUGUAAGUAUUUUCAUUUGUUCCCCAUCCCCAUAUCUUUCAUUUUUCUUUUGUUUUGGGGUCGCAUCUUGAAGCAAGUAUCAUGUUUUUUGGCCCUGUAUCUACAGUGCCUUUUUGUCUGUUUUAUCUCAACUGCAAGGCUUUUUAAAUGUUAGGACUUUCAUUUUUACACUUAGUGGAAAAGGAAAGUGAGCAUCUGCAGCACAGGGCCAGAGAACAUUGUGAGCGUCACAGCAACAUUAUACAGUAGCUGUAUUUUUGUGGGUAACAUAACAUGUUUGUUCAUCAAAGAACUUUAUAGUGAUAUGUUUAGUUUGGAGAAUCGGAAUACACUUUAUAUACAAACUUUUGCUGUGUGUCCCAAAAAUUGUAUCGAGUUGCAGUGUCAACCUUGUAUGCGAGCGACUGUCGAUCUCAGAAAUACGGGUUCUGCGUGGUUCAGUAGGAAAUUCUCAUUUGUAUUCUGCGAUGGUAAAGUUUUGAAAUUUGAUAUAAUUUCCUUUUGAUACAAAAUGUCUUUAAUUUAUUUAUAAUGGACUGUAAUAGAUGAUGGUGAGACUGAUUACAUGCUUUACUUUGCAUUAAGCAUAAAAUAUAUACAUUGUAUAUAUGUGUUAUUGCUUUGGGAAUGUGUCCGUAAUUGUUGAUGCAAUACAAGGUUACAAUUAGUUGAUACAGAAAUAAUUUGAUUUAAAUUAUGCUCACUGUGACAAUACACCUACUGAAAUUAGUGAAUUUUUGGUGACACACGGCUAUGGUAUCUUCAGAAAUACUGCCCUAGUAACAUGUAAUCAAUGUCCUAUGUAAAUGACUCAUUCCACAUAGUGUGUAUUAUUGAUAGGCCUUAUGAUGGAAGAGUAAUCUUUCAUUACUCUGUUUUGUCACCCCAUUACCAUAAAUAUGCCUGUAUUACUGCUUGCAAGAAGAAAAAUGGAAAAUUGGCAAUAAAGAUUAAAUCUCGGUUAAAUUUUGUAUGCUGCUUUAGAGUAAAGACUAAUAAAUUA